UCUCUUUUAGCCAGAAAACCUUGCCCAGAAGCUUCCAAACCUUGUGGAAUUGUAUCUUCAUUCAAAUAAUAUCGUUGUUGUACCAGAAGCAAUUGGCUCAUUGGUUAAACUGCAGUUUCUGGACUUGAGUGACAACGCUCUUGAAAUCGUAUGCCCAGAGAUUGGCCGCCUGAGAUCUUUGCGACACCUUCGACUGGCCAAUAAUCAACUGAAGUACUUGCCAGCAGAGGUUGGAGACCUUCGGGAGUUGCAGACACUGGACAUCUCAACCAAUCAUUUGAUAACUUUGCCUGAAAGGCUACACAUGUGUGUCUCUCUUCAGUACCUAACUGCAGAUCGGAACCAUCUAUGGUAUGUCCCUCGCCAUCUCUGUCAGCUUCCUAGUCUGAAUGAAUUGUCCAUGGCUGGAAACCGCCUCGCAUUCUUGCCACUUGAUUUAGGUCGUUCCCGAGAACUGCAGUAUGUUUAUGUGGAUAACAACAUUCACCUGAAAGGGCUUCCCUCUUACCUUUAUAAUAAAGUCAUUGGUUGUAGUGGCUGUGGUUCUCCGGUUCUCAAGUCAGAGGUGAAGCUUCUGUCCUUUACAUCAGGGCAACUGACAAUUUUCCUCCCAGCAGAAGUGAAGGCAAUAGGGACAGAAUUGGACCAUGUGUUGCCUUUGCAAGAGAUGACAAUGAGGACACUGUACAACACAUAUAGCAGGUUUUUCAAAGAUUUGAAGUUCCUGACUCCAAUCUCAUUACCCAGAAGUCUCUUGGAAUUAUUGCAUUGCCCUCUGGGACACUGCCACCGUUGCAGCCAGCCCAUGUUUACUAUUGUCUACCCAAAGCUCUUUCCCUUGAGAGAGACGCCAAUGGCAGGAUUGCAUCAGGGGAGGACAACUGUUAGUUUUGUGGCAUACUGCUGCUCCACCCAGUGUCUGCAGACUUUUGACCUAUUGAGUUGAUAAAUACUUAAAGCUGUUCAGGAGCAGUGCCAGCUUAAAGCUGCAUUAAACUGUGUCUCCUGAUGGUACUGGAAUAGUGUGAGUGUGUGUGUAUGUGUGCCAAAGCAACAGGAGGAGUGCCCAGCUGGGAACACUGCGAACCACUUGAAUUCUGUGCCCAUAUCAAACUUGGACAAAAAGCAGAAACUCCCUUGGAAAUGUUUCGAUCCUCCAGCGUUAGAAAAUGUUAACACCAUCCUCUUCCUUCCCAGGCAAGAACGUAAACCAAACAAACAUGGAAGGAAGUGGACCUCUGGGAUGCUCUUGUGGCUUGCGUGUAUGAUUUUCUAUUGCAUUUGUACAUGACGCCGUUCAAAGUGGGCUCAGUCACUUGGACAAUAUAAACUGAUGUUGUGAACAAUACAUCUGCAAAACCUGUUA